AUGUCGAAAUUGUGGGAGGUCGAUCCGGAAACGAAGGCCAAGCUCCUUCAGUACUCCAAAAUAAACGGCAAUGGUCGGUGUUGCGACUGUGGCGCACCGUCACCGCAAUGGGCGUCGCCCAAAUUCGGGACCUUCAUUUGUCUCAACUGUGCGGGCACACACCGCGGACUAGGCGUGCACAUCUCCUUCGUCCGCUCGAUUACCAUGGACGCCUUUAAGAACUCUGAGACCCAACGUAUGGAGCACGGUGGCAACGAGACGUGGAAAGAAUUCUUCGAUACGCACCCAAUCACGCAGUCCGAGGGCCGCACCUUCGAGGACUCCACCAUCAAAGAGCGAUACGAGGGGGAAGUCGGCGAAGAAUACAAGGAAAGACUAUCCGCCAAAGUCGAGGGACGAGAGUACGUUCCGGGACAGGUGAAAAACAAGAAUCUGGUCGAAUCACCCUCGUCACGAUCCAGUACGCCGUUGACAAAUACCGGACGUGGCUCACCCUCUUCCCACGAGGGACUGCAGAGAAGCAGCAGCAGGAAGGAACGCAAUGAGAUGUAUUUCGCGAAGCUGGGAUCGGAGAAUGCUACACGCUCGGAUUCCGUACCGCCCUCUCAGGGUGGGAAAUUUACGGGAUUUGGAGGUGGAUUGCCGGUUGAUGCGCCGACGAGGAGCUCUUCUACUGGUGGCAAUGUUCCUGGGUUGGAUGACUUCCAGAAAGAUCCCGUGGCAGCGUUGACCAAGGGGUUUGGGUGGUUUACCACGGCAGUUGGCAGGAGUGCAAAGAGUGUCAAUGAUGCGUAUAUUCAACCUACGGCGAAAAGUCUCGCAGAAUCAGACUUCGCCGCUCAAGCUCGUAUGCACGCUACUACACUCGGCCAGAAUAUCCAGACCGGCGCUCGUGGUGCUGCGGAUCACUUCCAGAAGUUCGUCGAAGGGCCCGACGAGAAUCGGCGUCGCGGACAGCAGGAACCUGAAAACAAAGACUUCUGGGACGAUUUUUCUUCUCUGGCGGCUCAAGAUCAACCUCAAAGAAAUACAUCCCGGUCCAGUGCUAUUGGGACAGCGGCCAUGAAACCAUUGUCUACCUCUACCAGUGCUGCCCCUGCUGCUACCACUACCGCCAGUGCUUGCGGUAAUAAAACAACAGCCCCCGUGGCGGGUGGAAAGAGCCAGGAAGAGGGAUGGGAUGAUAAUUGGUGA